AUGCCCGCCCCGAACCCGGCUGCUUCGCCCCCUGUUGUGCCUCCGUUGAACGCUGUCUUGUCCACGCGUCCCGUCUCGUCUCCCGCCUCGCCCUCCGGAGCUCCGUACUUCCUCGCUGUCACUGGGGCGGUUGCAUCCUGGUUGAUGCUUCUGUGUGUCGCGCAAGAGCUGCCCUACGACCUGGGCGAAGGUCUCGGCAUUCGCUUUCGCCGCUGGCUCCGCGCACAUCCGCUGCUCUUCGCGCCGUGGACUGCUUUUCUUCGCUGGCUGGGCCGCAGAAGGCGUCUCGGUGUUGCUUCGUUGCCGAGGCUUGUGGAGACCCGGAAGACGCCCGGCGAAAAGAGCAGCUCGAUGCCGCUCAGACUCUCUCUCUUGCCGGUGCAUGAACGGCCCGCUCAGCUCUGUCUCUUACUCGCUGUGACGCUUCUCUCGCUCCUCCUCAGUUCGUUCUUCGUCGCCUCGCCCUCCGAUCUCCUGGGCUCCCACCUCAGUCUCCCUCGCUCCUCCUCGUCUGGGACUCCGCCGGUCGCUCCCGGUCUCUCCAGCUCUUCGCCUUGGCUUGGACUCGCCGCGUCUGCCUCACCGUCGCCUCUUCAACCUCCCUCCUUCUUCCUUCUACCUGCCUCUGCAUCCCCGCUCGCCUCCACUGCCGCCGGGCUGGCCGGCGGGGUUGUCGCCUUCGGGGCGCGCGGGGCAGAGACUGCGGAAGUUGCGCCAAAGACCUCGAAGGGCGAAAAGGGCUCGAAAAAAAAGAGGAAAACGGCGCCUCGGCUUCUCCAAGUCGUCCGGCCAAAUGAACGCCAUACUGGCAAGAGUUUCCUGCUCUCGCAGCUCCUCGCUUUCUCCUACUCUCAUGAUCUCUCCUAUGACCCUCUGCCGGACGCGUCCGCCGCAAACGCGACUUCCUCUUCUCGCCGCUUCACAGCCUUCCCCGUGGGCUACACGGUCCACCCUGGGACGCAGGGCCUCUCGUUCUGGAGUGAGCCUUUGCAGGUGGAUCGGCGGACCGGGAAAGUUGUGGGAGGCGAGGGCGAGGAUGGCCGAGCCAAGAGAAAGAGCACCGCAGGCCUUGGCGCUGAGGAAGUGACGAAUGUUCUCCUCCUCGACACUGAGGGGUUUGGCGGGCCGAACGUGACUCGGAGCUACGACCAACUCCUCUACGCCGUGGCCUCCCUCGUCUCCUCGGAGCUCCUCUUCACCACCAUGAAGAUGAUCGAUGCGCAGUCCCUGCAGCUGUUGGAGGAUUUGACGCGCGACGCGAAUUUGUUCAAUUUGCGGGCACAUGCGCAGUCGGUGAACGCGACACGGACGCUGUCGGCCUCGCAGACGCCCGGCCAAGACGACUCGCCAAGCCUCCCAGCUGUGAGAGCGACGGCGGGAGCGGCGCCGGAGAAAGAGAGGCCGGGGCCUGUGGCGGGGCGGGCCGUCGAGGAGUCUGUCGCGGGGUCGGCGCUCUUCUCCUCGCUGGCGCCCUGCUGUCUCUCGUGGAUCGUCCAAGACUUUGUCCAGGACCUCCAAGGACUGACGGCACUGCAGUGGCUGGACCGCUUGAUUGCCACGCACCGCUGGAGCGCCUCGCCCGCCGAGGUCGAGAAGAACUUCUGGAAAGAGAAACGCGGAACGGAGAAGGGCAAAAAACCCGGCGAAGAAGACGGCGACAACUCCCUGUCCCAUUCGCUGCGGUCUUUCUAUGACUCCAUUCAGUGUGUGGCGCUUCCCGCGCCGUCUUCGUCCUCGGAGGCGUUGCAGCGGCUCGACCUCCUGCCGCUGUCGGAAAUGACGCCGGUCUAUAGGGCGGCCUUCCAGGACUUCAAAGACGCGCUGCUGAAGCGCGUGGCAAACAACUUCAAAGCGAAGAGCCGCCUCCUCCACCCUGCGAGCGGGGGCGGCGCGCAGGGAGUCUGCGCUCGCCGGGGAGGAAGGAGCGGCGAGACGGGCGAGAAGAGCGGGGAGUCUGGGGAGCUCUGUGGAGGCGAAGAGAUGACUGGAGAGGAAGCGCGAGAAGGGCGGGGAGAUCACGAGAACGAACAAAGCGAAGAAGAAACUGGGAAGCGAAACCGACGCGGAAGUGUCGGCCGAGUGGCGAUGAGUGGCAAGGACGUCGCAGACCUCCUGCGGUUUCUCGUCAGAGCUGCGAACCUAAAUAUGUUCGAAAACGUGCAAAUCUUCAUGAACCACUUCUCGACUGUCCGGUCGGACUUGGCGAAGAAUGACCUCCUCUUACUUUUCGACGAGGACAUGCAGAGGUUUUUGAACGUCCAUCCACCGCCGCUUCCGCCGCUUUUCUUCUCCUUCGCGGACUCGCUUCGGCAGCAGCUGCUACAGCAGUGGCAGCAACAGAUUCGCGGCCAGGAGGGCCUGCAUGCGCACGAAGUUCAGCAGCGUCAGCAGGAAGAGAUGAUCCAGAAACUGAACGAGAAAGUCGAGAAGUUCCGCGGCAUAGCCGAGGAGCAAGUUCGGAAAUACUGCCGGGAGUUCUGUGGUAAACGCCUGCAACAAGUUCAACAAGAAAUUCAAAAGCACCAGCAGCGCCUCCCGAUGGCGCCCCAGGCGCUCGCCGAGUGGGCGAUCUACGAGCAGCGACUUCAGCGGUCGCUUCUGACAGACGAAGUUAACCGGGGCGGUCGAGAUUUUGCAUCGGCAGACGUCUGCGAGGAGGAACUGCGAGCGUACGACGAGAAAGUCGAGAAUCUGUUCCUUUUUCUGCACAAGGAAAACACGAAAAAAAUUACGGCGUCCAUGCAAAAAGCGGAAGAGCAGGCUGUGGCGUUCUUUGCCGAGCAGCUGAAGCAACACCCGCUGGAGAUGCUCAGGCCCCUGGAGCAAUUUCGCGCGCUUCUUUUCGAGUGGAAAACUGGAGCUUGGGAGGUUUUCGAACAGAAGGUGGAAGACCUCAGAGCAGUGCGUCAGAUCUACAGCGUCUUCGAGCAGCGGCUGACGACAGAGCUGAAGAGAUUGGAGCAGCAGGCUUUGCAGCAUUGGAACGAAAAGUGCACCGAAAUUGCAUCUGUAGGCGCUGGGGCAGGUCGGCGACGUGACAUCCUCCACAAGUGGAGCAACACGUACAAAGCGGAAGUGAUCGCUUCGUUUCCCAAGAUCCAGUCUCUCCCCGUGGAUGAAGACAUUCUGCAUGCAGCGUCUGAGAACAAAAUGCAGGACGCGCUGGACGAGAUGAAUGCGCUGUAUUGCGCGAAAACGUCUCCCUGGCAGCAGGUGGCAGGACAACUGAGGGAAGUGAUGCGCGAGAGGCAGAAGGAGCUCGAGAUGCAGAAUGUCGAAGCCAUAAAAACAAACUGCAAAGAACCUCUGGAUAAGCUUCUGAAGAAGCUGCAACCUGAAGCCGAGAGUCGCUACCUCUGGACCACGUUCCUGUCUCUUGCUCGACGAGAAGCGUUGGCCGUACUUUCGUCCCAGAACGCUCAGACCCGAGCUACCGUUCUCCUGUCGGAGCGUCUGGUGAAGCGCGUGACGGAGCACUGGCUGGAGACAGACGUCAGAGCUACUUACGCAGAUACCAUUUGGAGGAACAUGGUUAAUCUGUGCCAGCAGAUUGCUGGAGGAAUCGUAGGAGUUGGAGGCUUGCUCAUCUUCAGCACAUACAACAUCUGGAUGGGACUAGGCAUGAUGGCGGUGGGAGCAUGGCUGCUCUUCGGAAUUGUGACUCUUAUCGGCUGGAUGAGAGGAGCCUUCAAAUUCACCGUCCAGGGUCUGUGGCACGGCCUGCAAGACCGGGUCGGACUGGAGGCAGCUGUCGGCAUCUUUUUCAUUACCGCAGCUGUAGUUGGUGCCACCGGCUUCCGAUGGUUCUCAAUUCGAAAAGCUAGGGCUGUCCCGUACGUGGCUGGUCCCCAGACCUACCAGCCAAGCCCAUGCAGUAUGUCCCGGCCGUGUUCUGUUGACCCCGGUGCCUACAGCAUGGCCGCAGGCCUAUCUCGAGCAUCCCAGUCGGCCAUGCCUCAGCAGAUGGAAUUUCCGACGCCUCUAGGCGUAAGGUCGUCAGCGGCUCCGACAUCCUCCAUGAUGUACGACUCUAUAUUCCCUGACGCAGAAAGAAAGAGCCGUUACUCGACAGCGUAUGUAGGCUGA